ACCCUCCUUCUCAAAAUUUGAGUUUCAGAGGUUUGGAGAACUCGGUCAAUCAAACCGCGAAAGUCCAAAGGUAACGAAUUUCUGUCCUCUCUCUUAUUAACUGGGUUCCCUGCAUUACCAUUGUGGGCACAGUUUAGUUCACCAUGGUUAGGGAUUGUUGUAGAAAUUUCAUUCUGCUUUCUAGGGUUUUAUACUGGUGACUGUAUAUGACUUUACGGACCUGAAUUACGGCGUCGUUUUCUAUUGACAAAGUUGAUGAUCUUAGCUGUUUAAGUAGUUUAGGUGAUGUAAUGACUAUGGUUUAGAACAGAAGGCUGAAUUUGUAGAUAAGUUAGUGAUACUGAAGUGAAGAGGGGAGGACCUUAAUUAGGUACUGAGGGUUUGAUUGCAAGAAAUGAUAAAGGGUUGGUUCUGGAAUCGAAAGAUUGUUUGAAAGCCUUAUUAGUUUGUGAUAAGAGUAGAGGAAGAGAUGAAACAUUGGGGAAAUUACCGAUUUCGUUGAAUUGAAAAAUCCCCAGUGGAAGCACUCAUUCUCGUACUGAAAGUGUGCAUACUUUGCUUAAUAUUGUUGAUUUGGAGACGUAUACGAGAAUGGAUGGGAACAUGUUUAGUGAUGUGAAUGGACAGUAUGAUCCCAAACCGGAAUUCCAUGUUUAUGAUAUAGUAUGGGGGAAAGUAAGGGGUUAUCCCUGGUGGCCUGGACGGAUAUGUGAUCCUUCAGCUUCAUCGAAUGAGGCCAAGAUGCUUUUCAGAAAGGGUAGUUAUUUGAUAGAUUAUUUUGGGGAUCACUCAUUUACUUGGAAUGAAGCACCACAUAUUAAGCCCUUUCUGGAGUAUUUCUCGCAAAUGGAGAAGCAGAGCAACGAGGACGAAUUCCAAAAUGCCAUUGCUUGUGCUCUGGACGAAUUCUUAAGACGGGUAGAGUUGGGGGUGGUCUGUUCCUGCAUAUCUGAACAGGUAUAUCCAAAACUCAAAAAUCAGAUAAUUAUUAGUGAUGGAGUCAGGCAAGAAGAAGAAGACAGUGGAAAUGCUGGUGACGGUUCCCUGACCGCCGUCUCUUUUGAACCUCAGAAACUCAUUAUGCUUCUAAAGGAGUUUGCUCAGUUUUCAUAUGGAAAAGCUGACCAACUAGAACUUUCAACAUCAGUGAUCCAAUUAUCAGCUUUCUAUUGUUGGAAGAGUUCUCAGCUGUCACUGCCAACGGAGAAUGAUGCCUAUAUAUCAGUAUUGGGGGAGAAGACUCAAUGCAAUGUAUUAGGUCACAAUUCACUUCCAGUAACUACAGAUGAGAAGCUGGUGCAGAAAUCUAAAAGUAAAGCUAACAACAAUGAUCUGGGAUGUUGUGCAACAUUAUGGCUGAUGAAGAAGCAACGCACAAUUCACAACCGCAGGAAUAAAAUCCUGGUUCCACCCCUGUGUUUGUCUAUUCCAAUGACUGAUAAUGCAGCAGAAGGGGAAGCUAGUGGUUUGGUUGUUUUACCUUCCAUGAGUGAGAAUACAUCAGAAGGGGAAACUAGCAGUAAAUUGAUUUUGCAAUCUUCUGAUGAGAAUCCAGAGGAAGUUGAUGCUAUAGCGGAUGAAGAUGUGACGGCAGUAAGUGAAGCUGCACUUCCAGUAACAAAGGAUGUGAAAUUGUUGUGGAAAUCAGAAGGUAAAGAUAACUCAUUGCACAAGUGUAAUCUCAUGUCUGAGUGCAGUAUGAAUUCGAGUGAAAAGGAGAAAAUAUUGUCAGAUUUAAAGGCUUAUAAGUGUUUGUCUACUCCAAUGUGUCAGAACGGAUCAGAAGGGAAAGCAGGCAGUAAAUUGACUUUGCAAUCCUGUGUAAAGCGCAAGGCAGUUGAUGUUAUGGCUGAUGACUUUGCGCUGAAACAUAGGAAAAGUGAUUCAUCAACGAGGACUAAAGAUGCACUUCUGCUAACUAAGGAUGAGAUGUUAGUGAGGAAAACCGAAAGUAAAAGUAACUCGAUGCAUAAGUGCAAGCACAUAUAUGGAGAUAAAAUGAAUCCAAGUAAAGAACAGAAAAGCUUAUCGGAUUUAAAUGGUGAGAAGUGUUUGUCUCCAACAAGUGAGUAUAGAUUACCUUCUGAUCAUACAUUGACUUUGCACUCCUCUAGUAGUAUACAAAAGGAAGUUGAUCCUAUAGCUGAUGACUCUGCACUGGAAGAUUGGGAAAGCUAUUUAUCAGCAGGGGAUGUUGAGCAGUCUUUUGGAGUCGCAGAUUUUAUUAACAUGUUUCUACAGAGGGAGCACACUUCUGGAGCUGGAGAAAGGAUCUGUCUGGUUGAAUGAAAAUGUGUGAGAUCAAGAUCGUACAUCUCUCACAUUAUAUUUUGAUGUGGAGAAGAAUGCUGGAGAAUGGAGAUGGGAGUCUACGUUUGUUGUGAUUCAACUAGAUCAGUCAGGUCGGAGAAAGUUUAGAAUUAGGAACUCGUUGUUUCUUUGGAAAUUGAUAAGCUACUCCGAAUCUGGUUAAAAUUCCAUAUGGAUUUUGUGACCAAUGAACCUGUUUUUACUUUUA